CAUAGCAUGUUAUGUCGGAUAAGAAAAAACUUGUUAAACUCGUAAAAUUUAAAGUUGACAAAAUUGAACAAGUUGUUUAUCCACACCUCUCCCCCUGGGAUUAAAACUACUUUGUUUAGACAUUUUCCCGCAAGUCGUCAUAUAAGGUAGUAAUAACUGUAAAGCUUACAAUAAAAUAUUAGGUAAAAUGGCACUUGGAAAACAACUGCCGAAAUAAAUGUGGGUAAAUUUCGGAGGUUAGGUGUGUUCGCUAGAUGUGUUUAUGUUCAUUUAAGGCCAGCGGUUUCAAACCCUCACCAGCCGACAUCUUCAUUGAAGAAUAAAGCACAGCAAAAUUUUGGCAAUUAUUUCGCCUGCUUCCUGCCGGUUUGGUAUGUUAUUUGUCCACAAAAAGCUUCCUUUUUAAUUGGAGACUCUUUUCAUCGCCACAAGUCAAUGACGAUGGGUACCCGCCUAGUUUUGCGGAGUCUACUCAACGAACUUUCAUUAGUUCGGAAAUGCUUUUCAAAAUCCAGUAACUGCAAGCUUCGUAGGGGUCGCUUGUAUCAAAACGCCAGAUGUUCUGCGAGCUUUUUUGGUUCAUCAGCUGUGGAAAAUCAACAAUCUCAUCAGGAAGAAAGCAGAGAAGAACGUUUUCGUAAACAACGGAGAAAUAUAGGGCUCAUCAUCGGAUCAUCUGUCGGCCUGAUAGUUCGCUGUAUUUUUUAUUCAGGAGACUCAAUCAAGCUCGUGCCGAAGGGAAAAAUCUUCCUAUUGAUUUUAAAACUGAUAGAAACGUGGUUGAAACUCAAGACAAGGGAGAGGACGAGACAGAAGGUAAACGGAAGAAGGAUAAACAUGGAUUUAAAGAGAGAAGGGUAAUAAAAACCUUUUUGAUUUUUUUGACAUCUUCCUAGUACUGGUUUUACUGAUGUUAUCCUCGAUCCAAAUUUAACUUGUAUGUGUUUAAAAUGGUCAUCGUAUAUUUUUACUAUUCCUAAAAACAGUUAACAAUACAUUACAUUUUCGAAGGAGUAGUUGAUUAUUUGUACGCGCAGGCAAUGUAUCACAUUUGGCUUUUUUGUUUUUGGUUGGAGGAUAUGGGGAGGGUAGUUUUAAGUUUUAUUUAAAACUGUGUUAUAGGAAAUCAAUAAUCAUACCAGACUCCACUCGAAUUUUUCCUCAAACAUAUGUUAAGGCAGUUGUCAAACUUCAAUCUAAAGCUGUCUUAUCAGUGGACAUGAUUGCUAUGUUUUCAGUAGAAGUGCACAUAUUGCAGCUAGUUUUCAGGAACUCAAUGUAUCAAAAGAACAAAUAAACCAUAUUAUUCUUAACAUACCAGUAACAUGAAAUAUGUGAAAAACGAAAUGACAGGAGGUGAACCAGUUGGCUUUCAAAUUACUAGUAUGGUCCAAAAAAAGAUGUUUAAGAAAGAGGGUAACUGCAUUCCAAGUCUCAAUAGAAAAGUGUUAUUCUGCAUAUUCUCCUGCAUGUGGAGGAGGAUGGCAUGUGCUUAUUACACACCUUGAUUAACUUUGAUUGUUUAAUGGGGGAACUUUGAAUUUAAGAGGAAAAGGCUUAUGAGUCUAGAGAGCAGGGAAAGGUAUGUGUGUUAAGUGGUGAAGUCUUUCCCUUGUUCCUCAGAUUAUUGAGUAUGAAAAUCGAAUCAGACAAUACAGCACUCCAGACAAGGUUUUCAGAUACUUUGCAACACUAAAAGUUGUGCAUAUUGGUGAGGACAAUGAUGUGUUCAUGACACCUGAGGAUUUUGUGAGAUCAUUGACCCCAGGAAAAAUACAACCUGCUGGUAAAGAAGGAUUUUGUAUUUCUUGAUCUCUAUUGUGUUGUACUUUAAAUUGUAGACACUAAGCAAUUUGAUUUGCAGAAAUUGCACCAAAAAGCCUUUGCUUAAUUCUUGGACUGGUUUAACUUUAAGACAUUAAAUGAAAGCUAUUAAUGAUAAUUUCCCUGCAUAACUUAAUCUCAAACAAGUAUUGUAUUAUUGAGUUAGUAGUACUUAUUUUUCUCAAAGUAGCUUUUCUUAUGCUUUAAGUAAUUCUCAAAUUAUUCAGUUGAUUUUUAUUCCUUUGUCCCUUUAUGUUUGAAAUAUUUUAUUUUUACAUAUAUCUAUUUAUUCAUUCAUAUUACUUGUUUCAGGAUUGGGACUUGAUGAACAUGAAAGAUUUAAUCCUGAGGUACAUAAUUGCCCUAGACAAGUGAUAGCUGAUUGUAUUAUUGUAUACAUCCCAGCUUAACAAUGUUGAUCCAUAGUUUUUUUAAAAUAUUUAACAAAAUUUCAACUUUUUCCAUGUUCCAUUUGUCUUCCUGUUCAACUGCCAGCCUACCUGACUAUUUAUCUGUCUGUCUCACAAACUGGCUCUCUGUCUACUUGCCCACUUGUCUUUCUUUUUGGUUUUCUAUUAACACUGCAUUAAUAGUUCAUCUUAUUACUGACUGAGUCAUGUCUCACAUUAUCACCUAGAAAGCUUUUUAUUGAAUACUGUAAUUUCUUUGAAUAAGGGCCCAUGCCCUUAUAAGUACCCUUCCCUGAAUAAGCACCCACCUUUAGGCCAUUUCUAAAACAAGCUUUCUCCUCAAAUAGCCACCCCCCCUCUUCUCUCAUUUUCUUAAACAAUAGGGAUGUGAGGAAAACCAGUUUUUAUUGCCACUUAAUUUAUAACUUUGAAGCUUUGAAUACAGCAGAAUUAGUACAGGAGAAUAGUUUCUUUUCCAUUUUAGUUGUUUCUAUCUCCAUGUGCUUGCAGUGUUCCCUCAUGUGUGUUAUCUGUUCUUAAUAAGUUCCUCUUCUGGUUAAGUGCCUUUCUUCCAAUAAAUGCCCCUCCCUUUAGCCAAAAUUUUAAUAAGGCCCUAGGUGCUUCUUUGAGGAAAUGCAGUAUUUGAUUUCCAUCUUCAUAUGAUAGAACAAUUAUUAUUAUUUAUAAAAUUAUAACCUUUUUGAGUUUCAACUAUCCACCUUCUGCAACAUUACUAAUAGACAAAUGAGGAGAAUGCUAAGAAGAAGUAACAGAUAAAUCAUAUUUAUUAUACAAUAUCAUAAAUAUAUUUUUUAAAAUUUACUCUAACUUAUAUUUUAUGGCUGAAGAGUCAGGAAUUACACUCAGCCGGUUGCUCACCUAGUGGGUACUAAAAUCUAUGCAUGCAUGUCUCCCUUCCCCCUUUAUUCAUUGCUUCCCCCUUAUUUACUUCUCACAGUCACAAAAAUUUGAUUUUUUUUGGCUUUGACUUUUCAGAAACACAAGUAUAAAGGAGAGCUUUCUGAACACUUGGGCCAGGAGAGUGUUUUCUUGAGGAUGGGAGAACAUGGGCUUAUUUCGUUCUCUGACUAUAUUUUUCUUCUAACAGUGUUAUCAUGUAUGUCUGUUUGCUAUUGUAUUGAUAAUGUAGAGAAAAGUUAUGUUUUGGGAGUUUAGAGGGUUAAAGUGCCAAUUCUUGGGUAGUCCUUGUUCCUCAGAAGUAUACUUUUUUGACUGUUUCUUUUCUCAGUUCAUCUUACACAUUCGCUGGAAUUUCCUUCGGCUUUGUUUAAAUUGAUUGAAACUUUUGUUAGUUAUGUACCAGUUUUAUUGAAAGGCUAGUGUCAUUUCUAAAUAAGAGAUGGUAUUCUUUCAUUCUGUUUAGUACCUCCCAGAAUGUUUGAAAUUGCAUUCCAAAUGUUUGAUUUAAAUGGAGAUGGGGAAGUUUCACCGGAGGAAUUUGAAAAGGUAGGAGAUUUGUGAUGGUUUACUUUUUUGAGUCUUGGCUGUUUCCUUUAUUAUCAUAAUCAUCAUCUGCACAGUCAUUAGAGACUUACAGCUUGAUACUUACAGCAGAAAUCAGUUGGAAAAUGGGGAGAUUGAACCUCUUGCCUUAAUCGGGGAGACUAUAAUGGUAGACCUGACAUCCAUAAAGUAAGACGGAUUGAAUGCAAGCAACAUAAAAAUUCACUAAUUCUGGUGAUGGUACCUUGGCUCGCUUUAACUGAGUUAAAAAGUAAAGGCGCUUAGCGGCCUUUUUAAUCAUCUCAGUAACGUGAGUGUUCCACUUGAGGUUGUCUUGAAAAUACACACCCAGUAAUUUCACGACACUAACGGCACUAACGUUAGAGCCAUUAAUUUCUAUGAGAUCAUAGGAAGGAGGGGAGCGCACGAAGGAAACUCUUAGCUCAUUACAUUUUUUCGGAUGAAGUUGAAACGAGUUAAGUGUUGACCAGGUAGCUACUUCGUUUAUCAUAGACUGAGCAUUGCUAGGACCGCCCUUGCUUAUGAUUUCAUACACUGUCGUGUCAUCUACAUAUUUUAUACAAUCACUGGCUGAUGGUACUUUCAAAUCAUUUAUCAUAACCAAGAAUAGCCACGGUCCCAAUUUUGUUCCCUGCGGUACUCCUGCUCGGACCGAUCCCCACUGUGAGAGACAAUCAUGUGCAAGUUUGACCCUUUGUUUCCUAUCUUUAAGAAAGGCUAUUAUCCAAUUAAUGAUGUAAGGGUUGAUAUUGUAGGUCGAGAGUUUCGAUAGCAAGAGGCUGUGAUCUAUCAGAUCGAAGGCUUUUCUAUAGUCCAACGCAAAGAUCCGCACGGUGUUCCCCGUUCCGUCUGUUGCUUGUGCCCAAUUGUGCAUCAGGUUUAUCAAUGCAUGCGCAGUGGAGGAUCCUGGAAUACACCCAAAUUGAUCGGGUUCCAGGCGUUUCAGAAGUGCUGGUUUCACAUGUUCAUGGACGACGUAGUGCUCGGCAAUUUUGGACAACGUUGGUGUCAGUGAAAUAGGUCUCAAAUCUUUCGCCGCAUCCUCAACUAUCUUUGUUUUGGGAAGAGGGGUGAUGUUUGCACAUUUCCAAAUGUCCGGUAAAGUCCCUUGACUAAUCGAGGAAUUGAUGAUACAACGAAGAGGUUGAGCGAGCUCAGGAGCGAAGUCACAUAAAGACCCAGUUUGGGAUAUUAUCUGGGCCCCAGCUUUGGAGGAGCUGACCGUACUAAGGCAUUUGAAGGUAGCUUCCAGUGAAAUAAUGGGAGUUUUAAAACCCUCAGUGCUCACAGUUUCGAUAUUAUCUAAAAGUGGGUCAAACGAAGCUUGAGGUUCUAGCAGAGCUGUGUUGAUUUCAUUAGCCAAGAUCUUAAGGUUGAUUGAGGUAGCUGGUUUACUUGCUAGGAGCUGAUUUGCGACACUUGUAGAUGUUUUGUUCAUUCCACAUAACCGCCUACAUUCGGACCACCACAUUUUAGGAUUGUUUUCGGUCAAAACGCUGACUUUAGUGUUGUAAUAAGAGCGUUUGCAGAGCUUCCGUUCCCUAUUUACUUUGUUCAGGUAGUAGUGGAACAAUGGUUUGUUGUCUUGGUAAUAUGCUCUUUGACGGUGUGCUAUAAGUGCCUUGAGUUUGGGUGAAAUCCAUGGUGCGUCGUUUCGGUGGAACUUAACUCGCUUUUUGGGAAGGAUAGAAUCUAACCCUAUGUGAAUUAGGUCACUGAAGUGAGCAUACUGUUCUUGGACGCUAUCUAUAGUGUCGAUUAAUGACCAGUCGACCCCGUCAUAUAACGACCAAAAGCCUGUUUGGACUCAGCGUUAACAGCACGUGUAGUAACCGUUCUGUUUGCAGGAAUAUUGGCCUUGAUCUAAUUUUUUGAAACAAACCAACAGUACAAUGAUCGGAUAGUCCGAAGGGCGGGAAUGGAGAAGGUUUCUCGUAGUGUUCUGUAAGAUUAGUUAGCACUUUGUCGAAAGUGUACGAUCCCCUCUUGUUGGAAAGUGGACGACUUGCGUGAGGCGGAACUGCUUAAUAACUGGUGAAACAUUUGCCCUGUUCCAGUUGCCAGCGAGAAUUAUACCUGCGCCAGGGAUAUCACUCUCUAUCCUAGAGAGAGAAUCCAUCAUGUAAUCAAGGAGGGGCUCAUCUUUGGCAGGCGGUGGAGGAUGGUAUACUGUACCAAUGAUAAGGCAGCUAUAACCCCGGGGCAAUCGGUUGGGCGUGAUUUUGGCCCACAAAACCUCAGGGCCCUCGGGGUCAGGAAACUCAUAGUCCCGUAGAAUUGAGAAUUUGAUGGAAUCUUUUACAUAUAGAGCCACACCCCCAUGUAGCUUGUGGGUCCUAUCUUUGCGUAUGAUGUUGUAGCCACUAAUGUCAACUACGCUGUCAUCAAUAGAAUCUUUCAGCCAUGUCUCCGUUAUACAACAAAGAUCAAACUCGUGGGUGUUCAAAAAAAUACGAAGUUCGUCUAUUUUUGGUGCCAAACUCAUUACAUUAGACACAGCUAUUGGCGGUACGAACUGCAAGGUGUUUUUCCUGGCGUCGAUGUUUCUCUUAGGCUUGAUAAUAGCCAGAUUAUUGAAAUUGACGGCUCUUUCUUCUGUGUAACGGCUGGAGGAAACACGCGUAGUUACUCUCACGGGAAUUGUUGAAAGUCUCAGUAAAGCGUGAUUAUUGAACCGUAAAGAUUCUCACGAAGAAGCAGAGAUCCUCAGAGAACUGAGAAACGUUAAAUGGAAGAAAGCCACUGGCUUAGGUAACCUCCCCUCUGGAUUGCUUAAAGAUGCAGCAGAAGUCAUAACAAAGCCUUUGACUUUUAUUAUCAACUUAUCUCUUGCAACUGAAGUUGUCCCUACCAAAUGGAAAGUGGCCAAGGUGAUUUGUCUCUUCAAGACUGGUGCUUUGGCAGAAAUAGACAACUACAGACAGAUAUCAAUUCUCCCUACUUUGUCAAAGGUUUUAGUGAGAAGGGUGUAUAAGCAGGUAAUGAAGCAGCUUGAAUGCAAUGGCCAUCUCUCCGAAGAUCAGUUUGGCUAUUGGUCUUAUCACUCAACUGAAUUGGCAGUAACACUCUUUACAGACUUAAUCUAGAAAGAAGUGGAUGACAGUAAAGCAACAGGAGCAGUGUUCAUUGACUUGUCUAAAGCAUCAAUACACCAUCAGCCAUUUGGUCUUGUUAGAAAAACUGUCUCGCUAUGGCAUACAGGACAAUGAACUGAACUGGUUUACUGAUUGUUUGUUCCUUUGGAAGCAGGGAGCAAUUUAAGGGAGUGCUGUCUGAACCUAAUCCUGUUUUCACAGGUGUACCCAAGGGAGUAUUAUUGGGCUGCUAUUGUUUUAAAUUCAUUUUAAUUUAGUAAUGCUGUUUGGAACAGCAAAAAAGAUUAAAGGGAUUUGAUGGCAAAGAACUGAACCUCUUAGUAAAUGGAUAUCAUAUCAACAUGGCAACAAGUUACAAGUAACUCUGUGUGCAUCUGGACCAACACUUAAUCUUGAUAUGCACUUUUACAAAACAUACUAGAAAUCAGCAAGAAGAGUGAACCUAUUAUGGUGAAUCUGUUCUAACAUUGACACCUUUAGCCCUGAACAAAUCUACAGAACAAUAAUAAUGCCCAUUUUCACUUACUGUGGCCAAUGCAUGUUUGGUUAGUCAGAGAAACACAGGUGCCAAAUCAGAAACCUGGAACAACGAAGUCACAGGACUAUUCUGCCAAGUUCCAAAUUUUAAAAGUACAAACUUUGCCUACCCUUGGUUUAAAACAUUUUGAAGAAAAAGGCUAGCUUAUUUGUUUUUGACUGCCUACAAGGCAAUAUUUGUACUCCUUUUAAGGAUUAUUUUAAGUUUUCAACCCACAAUUUUAAUAUGAGGAACAGUGGGGCUACUGUUGUUAUCCCAACAGUAAAACUUGAAUUUGCUCGGAUAAUGAAUGUCAAUAAUUAGAUGUGAACUAGAGUUUUUUUUAGUAACAGGGUAAGAUGUUUUUACCAGGCUGUUUAAGGGAUUAAUCUGCUACAUAAACUCCAAUCUGCCUCAUCUGCUCCUUAUUGCAUGAUCUUUUUCCACAAGGAAAAAGGAAGUGAUGUAUUAAGUCUUAUUAAUAUGAUAAGAGUUCAGACUUAAUACUUUGCCCAGUUUAUCAAACUUGACUUAUCCAAUUUCAAAGGAAUUGAAUAGCACUGAAACCUUUACUUGCACCUCUUUGCAUACUAUACAUUCAUUUGGUUUGAGACACUUCAAUAAAGAUAUUCUUUCUGUUUAAUUUUCAGGUUCAGAAUAUCCUUUUUAGCAUGACUCAAACUGGGAUGCGGCAUCGUGAUCAUGUAGUGACAGGCAGUGUUCUAUCUGCUCAUGUGAACAGUGGUAUCAAAGAAUACUUCUUUGGAAAAGAUUUGAAGAAGAGGCUAACUGUGCAAAGAUUUAUAGAGUUUCAAAAGAAUUUACAACAAGAAGUCAUGUAUCUUGAGGUAAAAGUGUUAUUUUCCUUAGGACAAGUUGUAUGUUAAGUGGGAAAUGUGUUUGCUAUACAUUGCUGGGGCCUGGGAGUAAGUCAUGUGACAUAUGGUGGGCAAACCUCUAUUUUGAGGCAGUCAGCUUGGUAAAGUUAUUAGUUCUGCGAAAUAAAUUUUUUCAAACUUUUCUUAUUAUUGAAAUCAUUCUUGAUCAUACCUGACUGUGUACAUUUGACUUUUACUUUGCAGUUCAAUUCCUAUGACCCUGAGAAUGGCUGCAUUAAAGAAUGGGAGUUUGCAGACAUGCUUCUUACUUACUCUAGUUUCCAUGAAAAGAAGAAGGUGAAAAUUCUGAGGAAAGUAAAGAAAUAUUUUAAAGAAAAUCCUCAGGUAAGGUCUGGAAAGGAAUAUACUUGUUAAGCUCACAUGCCUCUGGUAAUUGUUUUAUCUUUUCUUCCUUUUUUUUUAACCAGGGAAUAACAUUCAAAGAUUACUUGGCAUUCUUCAGCUUCAUGAGAAACAUUUCUGAAGCAGAUAUGGCUUUGAGUUUUCAUAAUGCAGCAGGCAAAGCUAUUGAUCCAGGUUUGUUUAGAGCUCAUUACUUGUGAGUUUGAUUUGUGAUGAAAGAGAUAAAACAGUUGGAUACUUAAUGACAAAGACCACCAGUUUGAAUUGUAAUUGGUAACAUUAAUCCUUUUUUCCAACACUUGUAGCUACAUGGAAUGAGACAUAUUAAAUAUAUUAGCUAAUCAGGCUUUUCAAAGUACAAGCAUGUUGACCUCACAGUCCAUAAGAACUAGUUCUCUCACAUUUGCUCUCAGUGAAAUAAAGGGGCAGGCAUCAUAGGGCAGUUAAUGUUAUUUUCCUCUUUUUCCAGCAACAUUCAAGCAAGUUGCGAAGACAGUGACAGAUGUUAAUUUGAGUGAUAAUGUGGUUGAUGUUGUAUACAAGAUGUUUGAUGAAAAUGGUAAAUAGCAUUACAACAGAAUCAAUAGUCUUAAUAUUCAUUUCAGUUAUUGAAUGAUGUUAAUUAAAAAAAAAGAAAAACAAUCAAACAAAAACAAACAAACAGCACAUCUUAGUACCAUCCAUUUAUGGUACCAUGGAUCCUUUCUUGCUAUUGGUUACCACACCUUUCUUUUGACUGAACCUCCUUAUUCAAGACUCUUUUUUCCCUGUAUGUUCCACUGUAUUCAGUUUUAAUAAUACAAUAUGUUGCCCAAAACUGAACAUUACUCCAGUUGACAGAGAGUUAAUCAAACCUUUUGCCCUACAUGUGAGUAUUCUCAUACAGUUAUUGACAAAUGAAACAGGACAAAGAAAACUCCUGAAUUGCAGCAAUUUCUUUGCAAAAUAUGCAAGUUUGAAACGAUUCAAAUGUUAAUUAAACCCCUUAAUCCCUUCAAGUGACUUGCAUCCAAUUACUCCUCACUGUAUCACUAUUGAAUAAGAAACUAAGGUCACAACAAUCAAAGAAAUAAUCCUCAACCUGAGAAGUCUUUUAUUGUUAAGAAAUUUCUCCAACUCAGUGAUAGGAAAUGUAAAGGGAACACUAUAGAGAAUGUGCAUACUGAUGUUAAGGCAUAAGUUCAUGUGAUUGAACUUGUUACUCAAGGCAAAGAUGUCUAAGAUUAAAUCUUCUGGUGGAAAAUUUUGUCAAAAUGAGUUGAUUAAGAGGAUCAUUUCCCUUUUUGUCGAAUUUCAGAUGAUGGAGUUCUUAGUCACAGAGAAUUUAUUGUUGUGAUGAAGAAUCAACUUGUCAGAGGAUUAGAAAAUGUAAGAAAGAUGGAAUGUAGCCACUAGUAAUUACAAUAUUGUUAUCAUACUCCUUUUAACUGAAUAAUUUUUUCCCUUUUAGGACAACAGAACUUACAUCCAUGUUGUCCUUUAAUUUUUCCUUUCAAUGACACAUUAGAAUAAUUGUAAAUUUACAGAAAUUUUUACAUUUCUGACUACUGUGCCACAUGGUAGCCCUUCUUUCAUUGUUUUUGUUCAGGCAACAAAUGAGCCCAUGGAAUAUGAGCAAUUGAAAGUAACCUCUGCAAGUCUCAGAAAGCCAUGAAGACUUUGGCUUGAUUAUGACUAGGUAGAGAGAAUGCCUUCAUUGUAAGUGCUGCAAGAUGCACAUUUGGGCAGGAGUCUGGCUCCACAUUAUCACUGCUAGACUCUUUGCAGACCUCUCACCAGCUUUUGCUGCUCAAUGCCUCAUACUUUUCUGUAGGCAAAGAAACACUCAUGAUCAAGCACUAUUAAUGAGGGCCUGCUUUCAGGCUAGAUUCUGACAGGGUAAUUGUGUAAAGAUCGAUAAAAAUUAAUUUUAGGGAACAUAGGUAAGCACCAAAACCAUUAAGUAACUACUGUUAUCUCAUACCUGACUGGCUUUUUCCUUGCAGCCUAGAAAUGUUUCAUAAAUAUUCAUGGUGUUAACAGUUUUCUGAGUUUCAUAUUAAACUAAAGUUAACUUGCUAAAAUGUUUACAAACAAUCUGAUAAAGCAAAAAAACCAGCAGAUAAAGGGUGUAGAUAUAGACCUCUCUUGUAAAUGGUUGGCCAAAUUGCCAUUCUUCUGUUAUCAUGUACACCAGCUUCACUAACUUUUCUGGCGUCUACAACAUAUAAAAAUUAAAACAAAAUAAUCGACAAUCAAGAGUGUGGCCAAGAAGGCUUAUUUUUGUGCACAUCAAAGAAUAAUAAUCAUGCUGGUCAUCAUGAAUGAGUUCAAUACAAUAUGUGAAAUUUUGGAACAACUUCUUGUUGAGGCUAAUGCUGUCUCUUUGCUUUUGAUUUUCAGCCAAAGGAUACAGGUUUUAGUAGACUGAUGCAGGCCAUUUGGCACUGUGGAAAACACUUUGCAUAUACCACUCUGCAUGGUAAGAAACAAUCUGCUGAGGACUAGAUGAUAAUCAUGUUGAACUCAAAGAUCAGAAUGAACACAGUGCCAGGAAAAUUGAUUUGUUGCUUGUCAGUGUAAAGUAAAUUACAAAUUAAUGAAAGGAUUUAAUGGAAGGAGUGAGGUCCAUGUACUAGCUUGCAACAAUAGUGUACAUUAGCUGUCAUCUUCAAAUGUUCAUAAACAGUUGUCUUCAGAGAACUGACUGAAUGUGAUCAGUGGGUAUGAAAAAUGAAAUGAUUUUGAAUUCCAAGUAUUGACCAUUAUGGCUAGUAACUUGCACAUGGCACUGGGAAUUUGCCUGUUUGUUUCAUGUACAAAUGUAACUGUGAAAUUGUUUGUCAGUCAGAAAAAGAUGCGAAUUUGAGCUAACUUUACAAAAAAGUACAAAUUUUGUAUUUAGUGUAGUUCUUGGUUGUACAUUGACUUGAAUUAACUUGAAAUAGCUUGUGGGUUUCAGGAAAGAGUGAAUUGUUUGUAAAUCAGAGAAAUGUG